UUCAAUUGUGAUGUUUGAUCGGAGUUUGUUUAAGAAAAAGUGCAGCAGAAAUUUUGCAUUUUUGGACGUGUAUUCAGUGUGUUCCGUGCACGUGUUGGUGUCUGACUUAGAAGGAGAGAUGUGGUGCGAGACGCAAGUACGAGUGUAACUGGAAAUUUCUUCUUAUUUUGGGCGUGUUGUUGAAUUGGUGCGGGAACUAUGAGCUCGCCGUGUGUGUUCGGGGCUGCUGAACGGAACCGGAGCGCAGCGUAAUUACGCGCCCGAACGUCAUUUUAUGGCUUGAACAGUGGAUGCGGGAGGACUUUCCACACUCCAGGUCUGAUGAAAACCGGUGCCACUGGCGAACCAGGGUCCGUCCAUAUUCUUCACCUUCUCAUUUUUCUCUCUCUCUCCAGCCAGAAGAGGAGUGAGAUCGGCUGCCGUGACGUCUGCAUCAGAUAUCAGCCAACGCUUUUUCCAAUGGGCAUUUUCCCCUCAGCGACUUGGCGCUGAUUUACAUCAUCAGCAAGAGCGGGAAGGGGGGAAGAAAGGACUGAAGAUUUCGUUUUUCUUUUUUUUUUAAACCCACCUCUCGCCUUCAGACGACCGGCUCAGACAAACAUCCGUGAGGAGCAGUUGUGGACCAGUCUCGCGCUGCGCUGGAACCAUGCCUCUUCUGCAGAUUUGGACAUUUCAUCCACCGAUUUGAGGUCACCGAUCGCGCACCCAUGCCCGUGCUGGCUUUGCUCUCCAGAGGAAGACUCGCGUCACUUUGAAAACUGUUGUCGGAGCUGCCUUUUCGAGCGAAAUGUCUGAUCUGCUGGUGCUGGUCGAGGGUCUCUGUGACCUGCACGGAUUUCCAUAGCUCAGGCAGAGCGCCUCGCACAACCACCCGCUUGCUUCUACACGAGUUCCCUCAACAUGUCUCGUUUGUAGAAUAGUGGACAUAAACUGACAGGUUUUUCUGGUUGUCACUUUUUGAGGGGGGGUGGGAACCACAGGACUGGUUGGAUUUAAUAAACUGAAACAGGAUUUGUGGAGAUGUUGGGUCGUCAGGAAGAUAAAAUAUGUGGAUUUUUCUCAGCUCUGGCGGCUUUGUCCUUCGCUUGCUUCGUUCAAAGCUCCUCCACCGGAAGCUCCGGAAUGUCUGUGGCCAAGACCACCGUGGACAAGUUGCUGAAAGGAUAUGACAUCCGUCUACGGCCUGAUUUUGGAGGGCCUCCUGUCAAUGUCCAAAUGAGCAUCAACAUUGCAAGCAUUGACUCCAUCUCAGAAGUAAACAUGGACUACACCAUCACAAUGUAUUUCCAGCAAAGUUGGCGAGAUAAGCGUUUGGCUUAUGGUGAGCUGAACCUGAACCUGACGCUGGAUAACCGCGUUGCAGACCAGCUCUGGCUCCCAGACACCUACUUCCUUAAUGACAAGAAGUCCUUCCUUCAUGGUGUGACAGUCAAAAACCGCAUGAUCCGCCUGCACCCAGAUGGCACAGUAUUAUAUGGACUGAGAAUAACCACAACUGCUGCCUGUAUGAUGGACUUGAGGAGGUACCCUCUGGAUGAGCAGAACUGCACUUUGGAGAUCGAAAGCUAUGGAUACACCACAGACGAUAUUGUGUUCUUCUGGCAAGGAGGCAACGCUGCUGUGACAGGUGUGGACAAGUUGGAGUUACCUCAGUUCUCCAUCGUGGACAUUCGCCUGGUAUCCAGGGAGGUCAGGUUCAUUACAGGUUCCUACCCCAGGCUUUCGCUGAGUUUCAGGAUUAAGAGGAACAUUGGGUAUUUCAUCCUGCAGACAUAUAUGCCCUCUAUCUUGAUCACCAUCCUCUCCUGGGUCUCCUUCUGGAUCAAUUAUGAUGCCUCUGCAGCUCGGGUGGCUCUGGGUGUGACGACGGUGCUGACCAUGACAACUAUUAACACCCACCUUAGGGAGACUCUCCCAAAGAUUCCAUACGUGAAAGCCAUCGAUGUCUACCUCAUGGGCUGUUUUGUGUUUGUGUUCCUGGCCCUGCUCGAAUAUGCCUUUGUAAAUUAUGUGUUCUUUGGCCGUGGCCCGGCGCAGCAGAAGAAAAUCAAUGAGCGGCUGAACAAAACGAACAACGAACGCACAAGAUACGAAGAGAAGCGCCUGAGGGAACAGGACUCCAUUUCCGCGCCGUAUCAAACCAACACCUUCAGGUCAUAUACACAGCGAAGAAAUCUGUAUCUCGAGGAACAAAGAAAAGUCGGGGUGGACGCAUAUGGAAACAUUCUCCUCACCACUCUGGAGAUGAACAACGAAGUGAUGCCUUCUGAUGUGGGAAGCAGCGUCAGUGACUCUCGGAAUUCUGUCAUGUCCUUCGACAGCUCCGGUGUCCAAUUCAGGAAGCCCAUGACGCCCCGGGAUGGCUUCAGCCAUCACUCCCUCGACCGCACCGCCAUGCGGAACCGGGCUAAUUGUCGGCUACGACGGCGCUCCUCCAAGCUCAAGUUGAAAAUCCCCAACCUGUCAGAUGUUAGCACCAUUGACAAGUGGUCCCGGGUCAUUUUCCCCAUCACUUUUGGAUUUUUCAACCUAAUCUACUGGUUGUACUAUGUGAAUUGAUGUGCAUCCCACUAGGAAUCAUGGGCCAUAUUUUGAGAGCACAUUAAAUUGGCUUUGAUACAGUUAAAAAUAUGUAUACACAUAUACAAGUUGAACAUAUGUAUAUGCAUAUUUAUAUAUACAUAUAUUAUAUUUAUAUAUACACAUGCAAAACCCGAAGGACUUUUCUGCUGUACAAAGUAUGAAUAGGAUGACUUGAAUGUCGAAGAGAAGAAUUUCACGGCUUUCAGUUUCUUUGCCUCCCGAUACAAAACGGAUCCCAGCAGGGAUUUUCGGAACUUAAAGGCUGCAUGAUAUUUUUGCUAUAAAAAGCUAAGAAAACAAAAAAAGGAAAAGAAAAAAGAAAGCUCUUGGGAAGCCGCCUCAGAGUCAUUAACUUUUGCAUACAGGCGUCAGAAGAGAGAGAUCUUUGAACCGCUAACACCGACCGCCACUCGGCAGUGGAUCACGUGCAUGGCACCCUCUGGUUCUACUAUGUACAGCAACCUUGUAUGGAUUACGUGUUGUUUUUUUGAAUGAAAAGCGUUCUCUUUACAUUGCAGAAGCUCUGGCCUCAUGCUUGCCAUGACAGGGCAGCACUGGCAGGUUGUUUGAGUGCAGUUUUUCAAACUUGUAAAUCUUUUCUCAUGUUAUUUUGAGAUGACGCGUCCUGGGUGAGAAUUCUUUUUCAUAAUGGUUGCGAACAAAUGCUGACUUAUGUAGAUAUGAGAACUACUGUGACUUCUGAGAGUGCCCUGAACGUUCGUGCUCGGGCAUUAAGAGAUAGGAACCUGAGCGGUACCCAUUUCUAAAGAGGAAGAGAAAAAAGAUAUAUAUACACGAAUAUAUAUCCUGUACAUUUUUUAUCAUUCAAUAUUCUCAUUGAAGUAUACAUAUACCUGUUUCUUUCCUCCUUUUGAUCGAUUCAUGUGCUCUUUUGAACAGUCAUUGACGUCAUAUACUGCUUUGUGUUUGCUAAAUAGGAAAAGGUGGGAUGGGGUAGCUUUGAUGGGGGGCGGCUUUUGUGACAAAUUAUUUCCACGGUGAAGAUGUAAGUGAACAUAUAUAUUCAUUAGCCCACAGUUCGAGCAGUUGUCAUUGGGUUAUAAAGUAUUUGUUUUUUGAGCAUUUCUUUGGUGUCGAAGUUGUGAAGGCAAAAGUGUUGACGAUCGUGAUGGAAAGUAAUGUUUUAAAUAGUUUUAUCGAUGACCAAAAGGCCUAUAAUUCAUGUUCAUGGUUGUCCUGUUGAAGUUCCAGUGCUCAGGUUUGUUUGCAAACAUUGACAUAAUGCCUAUAAUUUAACGGUAGCACAAAACACCAUUGGUUUGUUUUGUUUUGUUUCUAGUUUUCAAAUGGACAGUAGCACUGUGGUAGCUCUACACUGAAGCAUCAGAGCGUUACCGGAGAUGUGUAGUAGAAACGGCUCUCAAAAACACACUUUGCCAAAUCAAGCUAACUGCCUUGUGAAAAUUUCACCAACACGGACAGAACCAGGUAGCAAAUGACAUUGAUAAAAGGGAGGAAAUGUUGUUGUUUUUUUUAAACUAAAACUUGGUUUGUUAUUUUGUUCCAUUUCGUUUGACACAUAACUUAGUUUGACUCAGCUCCGGUCCCUUUGCGUGGGUGACUGACAUCUGCCUUAGACUCCUCAGAGAUAAGUUGGCGAGGCCUGUCUUUUGAGGUACAACCGGCUGGAAAGAGCCAACGCCGCAGUCAGGGAGGUCACAAGCCCACUCUGACCGAGCCGAGGAGUUUGACAGAAGAAACUUUUGUGCCAUCAACCUGACAUUGUUUCACUUCAUUUUAAAGUUUUAUCACCAAAUAGAGACCUUAUCUUACAGGACCUAUCUGAUCUUUAGGAGGAAUAUCAGCUUCUUCACACCCAUCAGACAGACUAAAACUUGGCACCAAAGCGUGACAGAGUCUGUUUUUAUUCUUCCUUUCAAGGGAAAGGCUUCUUCAAUUGGAUGAAAAGAAAGAAAGCCUGAAUAAAAGCCUCCAAACCAGGAAGCAUCUUCAAACUUGGUGUGACUAUGCUUUUGACUAACUUGGUUUAAAGAUCCUACAUACAAAUAGUAAUUCAACCAUGUAGUUUACUGCAAGAUAUUGCACCGAGUGUUUUGUUUCUGUAUUUACUCAGUUAUUAUCAGUCUAUUCCUAAGCUAUGGUACAUAUGAAUGUUAGUUUAAAGCUAGACAAGUGGGUGAUGGGAGUAGCUCAUGACUAGAACAAUGAGUCCCCAUCAGGUUCUUACAAACCCUUGUACUGAAGCAACCCAGUAAACAGAAGUCCUGGAGAGGAAUUCCGACCGGUGGGUCACAGAACCACUACAUGUCCUCGCAUCAAUUCACUUUUUUUUUUUAUUAACCUCUGAAUGCAACUUGUUUGCAGCAAAGAUCCAUCAGAGCAUUGCUGACUUGUUACCUUCACUGUCAUCAUUCGCGAACAGGUCAAGAUUGGCCAAAAGAAAAAUGUGAAAAAGGCCUUUUCACUUUGCCUCAACACUUUGCAUCUGCACACUGUCAUGAGCCUCAGUGGUGCAGCCUCACAUUUCCACUUUGCUUCAACUGUGCGAGAUCCUGAUGAGAGCCAAUUCUUUUCACAACAAAAUGAUGGCUUCAAGUCUUAUAAAAUACGGUGUUAAAUUUUACACUUUCAGUGUCCAUGAAAACAGGUAGAAUAUAUGUUUGUGAAAGACAAACUGUGGUGUGCGCAAGUGCAUAGGAAAGAAUCCUUCAACAGCUGCCUUACAGGAGUGUUUUCAGAGAGAACAUGAUACACUUGAAUAACACCGCUAUCUCACCUAAAUGCCCUUUAAGUCAUUAUACAUCAUCCAGUAUUAUAUUCCAAAAUAACAGGCUUUCAACCUGAUACUCCCACUGACAUAUCACUCUCCUUUUACCAGCUGUCUUACGCAAUCGAGAGACUACGAUUGCCAGCCACAUACUUUUGUAGUGCUUCAUCACCAGUGUUUCUCAUCCAGACCUUAUGUUGCAACAUGAGCUCACGAUUUCUGUUGUGCAUCUUUAAUAUUAAAAAACAAAACCACUUAUUUAUUUUUAUAUAAAAGCUUAUUCUAUCUCAUAUUCAUUUAUAGAUUAAUGUUUAAUAUGGAGUCGCCGCUAUAGAAAUACUAAAUAUAAGUAUAUUGUUUUUAAUUUUAUUGUUUGUAACUGAAACUUUUUGCUUUAAAAUAUACCGCUUACUACUUACCACCCAUCUAACGGCUAGCCAUGGACGUUUUGUCCUGCCUCUGCAGCUGUCAACAGGAGGUUUAAGAUGUUUUCCUGUAGCAAGAAAGCCGGUCGUCAAAGUCAGAUUACGGUGAAGUAAAACUAAUGCUGUAGCACCUGGGUUUGGGCGCUGAUCGCCUCCAACUGCAUUAGGGUUUUUGGUGUUGCUCUGGAGUUUGAAACAUCACAAGAAUCAAUUGGAUUCAAAGGCCGAAAAACUUGUUUUGAUGUUCAGUAGCAUACAAAUUUAAAGGUAGCAGUGUGGAUGAGCCUGUUCAGGGAUUCUGAGAAAUGCGCUUUCUUUACUUCCCGCACUUAAAUUAUGUAUUUACUCACACGUUUUGAAGGCAUCUACACUCAAACAGCAACAUUCACAGCAGUGGCACGCUCACGAUUUGUACUCCACACCACGUGUCACCGACGUCACGAGCAUACAAUCAGACCAGUACAUUCACCUCGAUAAGCUGUGAGUAUCUUUGGCAUACUUUAUUAUUUAGUCACUCGUCAUGUGUUCAACGGGCAGCGAAGAAAAAAAGUGAACUGAUUUCAAUGUGAAUUUUCUUGCCUCUAGUGUAUAUGUGUAAUUACAUGUGAAUUGUUCUGUAAAUAUGAUAUCUUUCACUUAAUAGCUCUUAAUGCAUGAACAGAAACAUGGCAGUUCUUAAUACCAGCUAGCCUCACUGCUGAUGGCAUGGACAGCUUCUUUAGCAUUGGCGUACUUCUGCAAACCUGAAGAAAAAAAGACAGCAAAAAAGAAACAAACAAUGUGAACGGAGCACCGACGGAAUCAACAGACGUUCCUCUGACAGUGAGGACGGUGUGAGCGAAUAGAAGGUGCAGCAUUUGGCGUGACGAUACCCCACACUAUCACCCGCCAGUCUACUAAGAUCGUUCAGGGCAUUUUGGCCUUCGCUGGGUUACAGAGGCUAGAGGAGCAGGAUUGCCUUAAGAAGGCGAGAGGGGGUUUUAUUUCCUGUUUCCUCAAAACAAAAAAACUGGCAUACGUGUCCUCGAGCAAGAUACUUAGCAGAUUGACCAAGUGCCGCUGCUCAGUUGGCGACAUCACAAGCGUGCGCAAGUCAAAUGGAAGUCCAGAUGCAAACAGUUUUCUCAAGCCGUUUUACCUUCAGAAUGUAAUGUUGAAUUGCUUCAAUUUUAAAUGCCAUCAUUCACAAAACUACUGAUAUAUUUGAGUCAUGAGAAGCAGCAGGAAUCUCUAUUUAAUCCAUUUUUUAAAUCUUUUAAUCUGCACCUACAAGGCCUGUCAAUUCACAUCUGUGUUUUACUCUGUGGACUGGCUUGACGUCAUCUCAGUCCAUUAACAGUAUAUUUUAAUAUUACAAAACCAACAUUUAUGGGAGAAAAGGUGUUUAUUCUAAAUACAUACAUAUAUUUUUUCUGCUGAGUAAUGUUUCACGUACCUGCUGAAAAUGGCAGCAUCAUUGAGCACAUGACACCUUAGUAACCAUGCUUGGCCUAAAUGUGAGAACUUCAUUCAGUGGCAGGAAGUCAUGUUGCUUCAUGACCAAUAACCAAAUACUAUUUUGAGCUGUGAAAGUCUCCCAAAUCUGGACCAGUUUGGAAAAUUCAAUCCUUCAGACAUGCAGCAUUUCACUGGCGGGGGAACGUCUGUUGGUGCAUUCCGUGUUUCAAGGACCUUGUAGGUUUUAUUUUGCAUGAGUUUUAAAAAAAGGUUUAUUUUCCUAUGUUUUCUACAAUAAGACAACGGAUUCAUCAUCCAGGGAAAGAAGGAUCCUGUGUUUACAUGCUUAAAUUGCACUUGUUUGACAGCUGGCUCUGGAAAAUCUGGUUAAACCAAUUUGUUGGUUCAUACUGAGAAAAAAAAAUGCACAAAGUGCAUGCGGCAGUUUUAUCAGGUUCAGCAGAAGCAUUAACAUCAGCCUUCAACUAUAAGGAUGUAAGGAUGCUCCGCAGCGGCAUCUCAACAUAAAGCCAUGUGAAUGCACACUGAGUGGGUGUUCCCUCUAUUCUCUUUUGGAUUCUUUCCACUGGUGAAGCUCUGUUUCUUGCCAAAAUCUGUUCUGGUUUCCAGGUACAUGUCAUCGACAAAGGCUACUAUCUCACCCGCAAACAUUUCCUGGGAAAAAAAAAAAAAAAGAACUGGAGGUAAACGGAGAGAGGCCAACAAACCCACAGCCUGUUAAUUUUUGACUAUGAAUUUCAUUCUGUGUUCAUUUCUGAUUUAUUGUAUCUGUUGCAUUUGUUAUGGAUUGUUAUUCUAACUGUUGUUGGUUACUCAUCUGAAGGAACUGUAACUCAUCUAAAUGACUGGCACUGGAAGAGUAAAAUGCAUUCAGUUUUUUGUACCGUAGUUGUUUUGUUCACAUUUGGGCUCUUAUUUGAUUGAGUUGUUUGAUAAGGUGUUUGAUUUCUGGCGGAAUCAAAAUUUGUGUAGUAAGAAAUUGUUAUUUCUUUUUGUCAGUGCAAUUUAAUGUUACAGUGUUGCUCAGCUUUUUUAGGUGUUUGAACAAAAUGUGUUUUUUUACAAAUACAAGGUGUUCAAGUAAGUGGUAUAAAAAGGGUUAUCAUUCCAACAACAGACUUUUUACAAAUAAAGGCUUAUACAGUAAAUACAAUGAAUGUCUUUUCAUUUGCCCUUUGAGGACUAAUAGUCUACCCUGUCAAUUCUAUGCAGUCGAAACAUUUGCAAGGUGUUAGUCCCCAAAAGGUAAAUUCAGUCAGUUGUGGGACAAAAUAAACAUAUGAAUCACUUUUUUUUUUUUUUAAAUCUGCUCUCUGUUUUGUGGAAAACAGC